UAUUUUCAUCUACCAGAAAUCACCUCCCUGAAGCCUAUGUCCUUACCUUUCCGAAGCAGCAGCAAAGUCAAUUGAUAAUCUCUCUUCUCGUCAGGAGUUUCGUCCAUUGCAAAAAACAAUAAUAAAAGGUAUCCUCAGGAUGACCCUGCAGGUGGACCCUUCCAAGAGACAACAUGAUCUCUCGAAACUUCCCUUUAUAUUUGGUGGAGGGCUCCAUCUAUCAGGGGGGCUGGUCGUAUGAGAAUUUCAUACCAACAGUGGCUAGUCAGAUACCGUUCCGUGUGAAAGAACAAAUGCUACUAGACGCAAAACGAACUGCGCUUUCCGAAUCCGACGUAUCAAACAGAGCCGCAUUACAGGUUUCUCUAGCCUUCUUUAACAGAUUUGGAACAGAGCGUGACUUUCCCAUUGCUAUGCAAUACAUAAGAAUGGCUAGCUCAUCUACCUGUCUUCCGGCCCAAAUGCUUCUCCUAAUUCUGCAAUACCGAUACCAAGGCCUCGAUAAGCUUGAGACUAUUACUCCUGCCUGCGAUCCCCGUGGUUCCAUAUUUACUGAACUAGGUGUUUGGGCGUCUCCAAAAUAUCUAAGGGACUCGCCGUCUCAAUUCCUAUCACCGUAUGGUCUAAAUAAGCUUGAGAACCAUUCGCCGCAGAUAAGCCCCUCCUUGUGGUCAGAUAGGACCGUCAGCACCUGUAGCAAUCAGCCGGCUCGGUACCAACAAGACGAUAUUGAUAGCUCACUCAUUCUGGCCUGUCAACUUGGUGAUCUCGAGGGGCUCAUCUCCUUGGCAUCGCGCAAAAAAGACCUAUUCUCAUGUGAGAGCUCUGGUCUUACUCCUCUUCACUAUCUCUUUAUGUUUGAUAAGGAUGACGAGACAUUACAACACGCAUUGAAGAUCUUGUUGCCAAUGCAUAUUGACUCUGGAGGCCCGCUGCUAGAGGCCUAUUGCUCCGAACCCCAGACUCUCGAUCAGCAGCUACCAUUCUCCUUAACGGGUACCCCGCUAGGAUUUGCCGUUCUCGCUGGUUCGUUAGCAUCUGUGGAAGCACUGCUCAGAGUUGGAGCGGACCCCCUCUCGUGCGGCCCGGAACGUGAAGCAUCUCCUCUUGUCCGUUCCGAAAGUCCACUGCAGAACGCUAUUUCAUAUCAUCGAGCUGAUAUCUUCUCGUCUCUUUGGGAGUCGUGUCUGAAUCGGCCAGAAUGGCAUGAUGAGCUCGUUAGCAAGGCAUUAGUACCUGAAAACUGUCUUUUCUCACAACUUUGUGUGAGAUCCUUCUUGGAACUAUGGGUCAUGGAGAGUGAUAAUGACGAUAUCAGGCGGUCACAGAUGGUGUUGGCUUUGGCUGGGGCCAUUUGGAAACUUGUCGGCUCCAAUACAGAAAGCCAAAAGUUGAGAAAUUGCUAGAGACUUACACCGUUCUGUUGACAACAUCAGCCAGUCACAUAUACUCUCUUUUCUCGGGAAUGAGGAACACGAAGAGCUUAUACAGUCAUUGCUCGAAAUAGCCUGCAAAGGAAACGUUACGCCAAAACGGGCGGUCACGUACAUUGAGUUCGGU